GAACAAGUGUCUGAGUAAGUGGUCAUGACUCUGGCCAUGGCAGAAGGGGCUUGGAUGGGCCCUGGUUGUUGGCAUGGAGUGGAGAAUGAAGAGGCAACUUCUGAGCAGAGUGUUUCUGUAGGAGUGUUACAUGUUCCUACUUCCAAGGUAGAUUCAUUGACUCAGGUGACUUACACUUGUGACUUACGUGGUCCCAUUUUGAAAGAUAUUUUACACCUGGAUGAACACCAAGAAACAUGCCAUGGAGUGAAAUCUUACACAUGGGCAUGUGGGAGACAAUUCUGGUUCAGUGCAAACUUUGACCAACAUCAGAAGCCAUACAUUAUGGAGAAACUCUUAAGAGAAGACAAAAGCAAGACCUCUUUUGUGAAGAACUGUAGAGUUUGUCAGGAACCUCACCUGUUAGAGAAGCCCUUUGCCUGUAAGGAGGAGCAGAAGGACUUUCAGGACAGUUUGGGCAGUCACCAGCAAAAGGCCACCCACAGCAAGAGGAAGACAAGGAGCACUGAGAGUGGGGAGACUUUUCAUAUUGGACAAAUGGAUUACAAGUGCAGUGAAUGUGGGAAAGCUUUCAGCCGCAAAGACACACUUGUCCAGCACCAGAGAAUCCAUACUGGAGAAAGGCCUUAUGAGUGCAACGAAUGUGGGAAAGCCUUCAGCCGCAAAGCCACACUCGUCCAACACCAGAGAAUCCAUACAGGAGAAAGGCCUUAUGAGUGUAGUGAAUGUGGGAAAGCCUUUAGCCGCAAAGACAACCUUACCCAGCACAAAAGAAUUCACACUGGAGAGAUGCCUUAUAAGUGUCAUGAAUGUGGAAAACACUUCAGUCAUCACUCCAACCUAAUUGUACACCAGAGAGUUCAUAAUGGAGCAAGGCCUUAUAAGUGCAACGAUUGUGGGAAAGUCUUCAGACACAAAUCUACACUUGUUCAGCAUGAGAGUAUCCAUACUGGAGAAAACCCUUAUGUUUGCAGUGAUUGUGGGAAAUCCUUUGGUCACAAAUACACCCUCAUUAAACACCAGAGAAUUCAUACUGAGACAAGGCCUUUUGAGUGCGUUGAAUGUGGGAAAUUCUUUAGCCGAAGCUCUGACUUUAUUGCACACCAGAGAGUUCACACGGGUGAAAGGCCUUUUGUUUGCAGCAAAUGUGGGAAAGAUUUCAUCAGAACCUCCCACCUUGUUCGGCACCAAAAAGUUCAUACUGGAGAAAGGCCGUAUGAAUGCAAUGAAUGUGGAAAAUCUUAUAGCUUAAGCUCCCACCUCAUUAGGCACCAGAAAGUUCACACUGCAGGAAGGCUUUAGGAAUGCUUUCGACACGAUGGGACUCAUGGAGAGGAGCUCUGUGACUCCCUUUGGAGAGGGAGACAUCAAUCUUAUGUUGAACCUCAUAUAUCUGAACAUUAACACUGGGAAGAUACUUUAUGAAUGCCAGAUACAGGGGAAGCUUUCAGGGUCUAAUUUGCACUUUCAGACCUGCUCAGGUACCUUGCCUAAUUUGUCGAUGUCAAAGCCUGUGGCUGAAACCAUCUCAACUCUACCAGCUUAGUUACCCAAAGAUCCUUAUGAGAAGCAGACUUUGUACUCUCUCUCCACUUCCUGGAGGGAAUUUUAAGAAACCUGGGUUAAAUGAGAGUCCUCAUUUCCUCCCCUCUGACUUGGAAAAGCAGUGGACAUGAUCCAUCUUCAGCCAAGAGGACCUGAGCUGUGUUCUCGUAGCAGAAAAGGUUUAUUCUCUUCUUGGACAUUGUUGGUCUCUUGUAAUACUUGUGACAGAUUUUUCCAGUCUCCAAGUCACCCAACCUGGCUGACCCACUUGUCUCAUGUUGCUCUGGUUUGUGAGAUAAUAAAGACCUUAUUAUUUAAGCUACCUUAAA